AUAAGAGUGUUGCACGAGUAAAUGACUGUAGUUUUUAUUUUUAUUUUUUCUAAACCUGAUGAUGCAGUGUGAGUUAAGUGUCACGUGACUGCAAUUAUUUAUUUUUCUCGUAGAAGUUGCAGUGAUCUGGUAAACGGUUAAGGGACAGCAGGUGCAGCAGCAGGUGGAUCGCAGUGUGUGUGUGUGUGUGUGUGUGUGUGUGUGUGCUGUUGACGUGCUAGGACACGCAUGCUCCAGAGAGAGGCGAGAGUCAGAAAGCCAAACAGUCGUGUCUCGCUCGUGAGGUCGUGUGGGUGUGUCUGCACGUUAUCAACGUACAGAUACAAAAACUAGUAGUACUAUUCACAUAAUUACACAAGAAAAUAAUGUACUGAGAUACUAGGGAUAACUGUACACGUUGAGCUAUUUUCACCUUUUUCCGUGCAAGGAAGGGAAUGAUGAUUCAAGAGGGAAGGUAUCGGACAAAGUGAGGGCCGGUUGUCGUCGUGCAGCACCGCGACGCUUCACCACGUCAGCACACGCCAACACAGCGUCGCCAUGUACCGCACCCAGGGGAAGGAGCCACCGUGCAGGAUGCUCCAUGCUGUACCCAUGCUGCGGAGGCGUAGCGGGGAGCGGCGGUGAGUGUGGCAAGGCGCGGCCGUGAGGGGGUGCUGCCUUUCAGAGGGCACGCCACAAGGAGCAUGGCCCAGAGCAUGAACAGAUACGUGACGCUAAACGAGCUGGGCACGGGCACUUACGGCUCCGUGGUCCUCGGCCAGAGGAUAGACACAGGCGAAAAGGUGGCCAUCAAAAGGAUGAAGAGAAAAUUUUACUCAUGGGACGAAGCGAUGAAUCUGCGAGAGGUGAAGUCUCUGAAGAAGCUGAGCCACGCCAAUGUAGUCAAGCUGAAGGAAGUGAUUCGAGAGAACGACACACUCUACUUCGUCUUUGAGUACAUGAAGGAAAAUCUGUACCAACUUAUGAAGUCCAGAGAGAAGCACUUCAGUGAGCCCAUGAUCAAGAACAUGGUGUGUCAAGUUCUGCAAGGCCUGGCCUUCAUGCACCGCCAUGGAUACUUCCACCGUGACAUGAAGCCCGAGAACCUGCUAUGCAUGGGCCCAGACUUGGUCAAGAUUGCAGAUUUCGGCCUGGCCCGGGAAAUCAGGUCACGGCCUCCCUACACUGAUUACGUCUCUACCAGAUGGUACCGAGCGCCCGAGGUGUUGCUUCGCUCUACCAAUUACAGCAGUCCAAUUGACAUCUGGGCGAUGGGUGCCAUCAUGGCUGAAAUCUACACCUUCAGGCCUCUCUUCCCAGGCUCGUCAGAGAUUGAUCAAAUCUUCAAAAUUUGCUCUGUAAUAGGCACACCAGAUAAGCGGGACUGGCCCGAAGGAUACUCUCUGGCACAACAAAUGAACUUCAAGUUCCCCCAAUUUGCAUCGACACCGCUCUCGACGUUGAUCUCCAAUGCCAGCCAAGACGCCAUCCAUCUCAUGACGGAGAUGCUUCGGUGGAAUCCCGCCCGUCGGCCCACCGCGCAACAAUGCCUGAGGUUUUCGUUCUUCAAGGACCAGAAGAGUGAGAUGAACAACCUCACCUAUGCCGUUGCCAAGGCGCGCAUCUCAGACACCGGCGUGCUAGAUGAUGCCAGCGGCCUCAACAUGAACAGCGACCUGAAGAGCGGGAUGCGCGGAGCAGGUGGGAGAGGGGGCGGCAAGGGCCUGGCUCAGGGCUCCAUAGGGAGUGGUGUGGACACCAGCACGCACAACGGGUUUUUGCACCGCUCAAAGAUUAGCCUUGAUCUGGAGCCCGGAAGCAAAGGCUCCGAAAUGGCUCUGCCACCACCCCCGUACAUGCCCUCCUUGACACGCAGACCGGCGGCAGGAGACGCUUCCCUAGCAGGGUUAAGGACUAAAGGAAUCCAAUCCAAGCCAUUUGCAGGUUCUGGCUUGAACAUAAGCUCUAAAGACAAUAGGGAGAAUGGCUACAUUUCAGGCAACAAGAACUGGUCUUUUCGGAACCCAGCGGCCACUGACCACAAAUAUGACGAGUUCGAAGAGAAUAAAACUAAUGGUUUCGGGAACUUGAGAGCUGUGAGUCGCAGCAUGCCCGGCUCACUAGUGUCCGUGCAGGCCGGGGGCGCAGCGGGCAGCAACACAGGAGUGGUGGGGCUGCGAACCCAUUCCUACCCCAGCACUAACGCUGCCACCAUGGGUUCCUUCGCCACCACGGGGCCCACGCGCUCUAACAGUGCCAACGCCAACGUCCACGGCAGGACUAACUGGGCAGCAAAGUACCUCAAGUAAUCACGUAACGAGACGACACAGAGCUCCUUUAUGCCUGACCCAGUGCCGCUGGCCUUCCAGGAGACAGGACGGAAAGGCGUCGGUGGAUGGAAAGGAUUCAGGUGUGUGAAUUGCGGCGCUGGGCAGCAGUCGUCACGCAAGAACCAAGAGCAGUGGUGGGCACGCUGUAUCUUCCUCAUCACAGCAAGGAUUUAGGUGGUGCAUGGUGACAGAAUAACUCGGUGCGGCACCUUGUAGACAGAAAAUUAAUCUUAUCUCGUGGUCAGCAUAAGGCGUAGACAGUUUGCUGGAAAUGCUGGAAAUAAUAAACUUAAGAACGUUCUGAGGUUUUUCGUGUUGACCGUCGUACCGCCCAGCAAACCUUCUCUGCUGUUCAACUGACGCUCUCAUCAUCUGUGAUACUUCAUACAAUUUCGUUGCCCUCCAAGAUCGGAAGACCACACGCUGCAAUGUGUUUCGACGUUGUGUUCAUGCAGGCCCUAGAUCGCCUCGGCCUGGCGAACCAGUACCCGCUCUCCCUGACCUCCCUGCACUGUACAGACCCACCACCAAACAACGAUAGCAACAAAUAUUAAUAUGGAAAUAGUAUGUAGAUUUAUUUAUGGUUUCAGUCAUUAAUUAAGUCGGGGAGGUGGUCAGUGGUGCAACCAGUUUCGUUACUUCAUUGUUCCCUUCAUUGUUGCCAAUCGAUGCCGGGUCACUUAUAAGUGACCUUAUUCCUCCUCAUGCCUGCCUCAGCCACCACGAACCGGUCAUCAAACACUUGGUGGUAAAAGAAACGACAACAACAAAAGGAAAAAUCUUCUGGGCUACUUUUCCUUCGAGAAGAACACCAGCAACAAAAGGUAUAAACGUGCUAGCACAACAUUACUGACAAUAAAAAAAUAAAAAAAAUGGUGAUCCAUGAAGAUAAGAUCCAUCUAUGACAAUGUGCUAGUCUUUUGGAGUAGGCAGGGAGGUGUUGCGCCACCACUGCACAUCACACCAUACCAUAACGCGGAAUAAUACAAGACAUCACACACACACACACACACACACACACACACACACACACACACACACACACUUAACUAGACCAAGAUCAGAAUAUGUAGCUGUGAUGUGGUCAUCAAAAACCAAGAAGAAUAGUAAUAACAAAUUGGUGAGAUAGACUGCAGAGAGUUGCAACUAAAAUGCCAUUGAGUUUGAGAGAGCUGCCAUACGAAGAAAAGACUGGAGAGACUUGGGGUGGUAACUCGAAUUUGAGAGAGAGAGAGAGAGAGAGAGAGAGAGAGAGAGAGAGAGAGAGAGAGAGAGAGAGAGAGAGAGAGAGAGAGAGAGAGGGCUAGACAAUUGUAAUGCAUAGAGUGGUGAACGGGUUUGAGAAACUGGAUAGAGAAAUCGUUAUCGUGAGGAUACAAGAGAUACAAGAGGUCAAUAAACAAAAUAAAGACUACUUACAGAAGGUAUCAAGAAAAAUGGUUUUCCACAUAGAAAUGUAGAUAAGGGUUACUGGAAGAAGUGAUCCAGGGAAGGGAAGAUCCAUGAAUGAAGUCAUGGCAAAGUAAAUGUGAAGACGUGACACCAUGAAUAUGGGUCUUUUUUCAUAUGUUACAACUAGGUGAAUACAACUAGGUAAAUACACACACACACACACACACACAUACACCUGUGUGUGUGUGUGUAUAUAUAUAUAUAUAUAUAUAUAUAUAUAUAUAUAUAUAUAUAUAUAUAUAUAUAUAUAUAUAUAUAUAUAUAUAUAUAUAUAUAUAUAUAUAUAUAUAUACACACACGUUCAGCAAUACAACGAGGCCAGUGCCUGAAUUUAUAAGCCGCUGAGCUACAGGAACAAUAUAUUAAUUAUAGCCUACAUUGUGCAAACGCAAGAUUAUGUUGUAACUGAUGAAAAGCAUCCCGCCUCAGACCAAUCAUGUCUAUAAAGUGUGUUUUACGUUAUCUACACAAUGGGUGACAAAAUGCAACAAUAUUCCCUCUAGAUUUGGAUUACGGGUACAUACAUAAACUUUGUAUUUUCUUCUAUCAUACCACACUCGUUGUCAAAGAAUCUGGAUGAUGACAGCACAGUUGGAAGAUAGAACCUCAUAAGAAUUAGACAGCCGAUAAGGACAGCAAAUAAAAACUCUGUGUCAAACGGUGUGAGGCAAAGUAGCCAUCAUUGUGUGGUGUUAUAUAUAUAUAUAAAGCGUUUGCCCGGUGCGGGAAAGGUAACUUCACACAGGAAGGUGCACCUAGGUAACGUGUUCCUUUCCAUGACGACAACAGUUUCGGCAGAAUCAUUGCAGCAGUGUUGUGUUUAGCGCUCUCUUUACCUGCCAUGAAUUUACACUGCAAAUAUGAGAUAAAAGUACUGUAUUGUGAAAUCACUUGACCUCACCUCCAAGUGGUCACAGCCACUGUGACUACUAAUGAACCAUCUGUGGCCGGGUUUUCGUCUUUACCUGUCGGACAAAUAUAAUCAUGCAGUGACUGGUCCCCAUAGCCAUGUGUGUCUCAGAAAUGGGUGGUCUGUUGGAUAAAAUAAAAUAAAAUAAAAUGCUGUCGGAAAGAAUCCCCCGUGUAGAUCAGCAUCAUUCAUUUCGUGAACUAUUGUAUAGAAAUUACCAUAUUAGCUAUUAAGAGUUCAUUCCUGUACAUGAAAACAUGAGCCAUCUUACUACAACUCCGUUUCACAGGUUGCAUUGGAUUAACGUAAAGUUAUACUACUAACGUUGCAGCGAGCACCCGGCACGCUGGCACCCUGAUUCCCGUGGCGGUGAUUCGCUCCUCAGAUUGAACAUUGUACGUACACAAUCCUGCCAAAGUAUGGUAUCUCUUGUCAUGAGUGUUUAUUUACUCUGUGCAAAAGCCAACUGUUACACUGACAUCUGGUUCGUGUGUAGCUAACACCCAAAGAAAGAUAGGGCAGAGGGCGACCUCGCCUUCCCGUCCGCCUGGAAGCGUGGAAUAAAAACAUGGUUUUGAUG